AACAUCUUUAUAUAUAUAUAUAUAUAUAUAUAUAUAUAUAUAUGUAGUAUGGUGAGCAGAAUUGAUUGCAGAGGGUGAGAUCAAAGAGAAGGCGAGGUGAGUGGCGCGCCAGGGCGUCCGAGCAUGUGCAGAGAGACUCAGCCUCCGGGCGAAGGGCUUGGAGGCAAGCGAGGAAAGAGUGGAGCUGCGCCAGGUAGGGGCCAGCCUGGGGAUGGGAACUCGGGGGCUUCUCCCUUCGCCAUCGCCUCCCUCUCCUGCUCUUUUUUUUCUUUUUUUUCCGGGCGCCCCUCGCCCGAACGGGGCGGACCCAAGCGCUGGAAGGGAAGGAGAAGCGGUGCAGAGAGGCAGAAGAAGCCCAGCUGGGGACUGGCAGCCAGCCGGGCUGCUAGCCACCCAGCCAGCCGGCCGGCCCCAGCACGCUCGCUCGCUCCUCCCGCUGUCCCGGGCCGCCCCCCAGCCCAGGACCUGGGGCCAUGGCGCUAGAGGCAGCCCCCUUGUCCCAGCUGCGGAGCCGGCGCGCCGCCUGGCUGAAAAAGGGGGUCAGCUUUGACUGCGAGAGCGAAGGAGACCAUUCCGUCUCCGAAGACCUCGGAUGUAGACGGGGAGAAUUCAGUCGGAAACACUACGGUUCAGUAGAGCUGCUUAUCUCCAGUGAUGCUGAUGGAGCCAUUCAAAGGGCUGGCCGGUUCCGAGUGGAAAAUGGCUCACUGGAUGAGAAUGCCGAUUACACACCUGGAACGUGGCACAGAACAGAUGUGCAUUUGGAGAACCCGGGAUACCACACCAGGUGGUACUUCAAGUAUUUUCUAGGAAAAGUUCAUCAGAACUACGUCGGCAUGGAUGCAGAGAAGAAUCCCUUUUUCUUAUCCGUCGUGCUCUCCGAUCAAAACAAUCAGCGUGUCCCUCAAUACCGAGCGAUCCUCUGGAGAAAAACAGGAACCCAGAAGAUUUGCCUCCCGUAUAGCCCUACGAAAACCUUGUCUGUAAAAUCCAUUUUAAGUGCCAUGAACCUUGACAAAUUUGAGAAAGGGCCCCGGGAAAUCCUUCACCCGGAAAUUCAAAAGGAUUUAUUGGUCCUUGAAGAGCAAGAGGGCUCCGUCAAUUUCAAGUUUGGAAUUCUUUAUGCCAAAGAUGGACAGCUAACAGAUGAUGAGAUGUUUAGCAAUGAGACCGGAAGUGAAAGUUUUCAGAGGUUGUUGAGUCUCUUGGGGGACACAGUGACUUUGAAGGGCUGGAACGGCUACCGAGGGGGACUGGACACCAAAAAUGACACAACAGGGAUUUAUUCCAUCUAUACCGUCUACCAAGGGCACGAAAUCAUGUUCCACGUCUCAACCAUGCUUCCAUACUCAAAAGAGAACAAACAGCAAGUGGAAAGGAAGAGGCACAUCGGAAAUGACAUUGUCACCAUCGUGUUCCAGGAAGGAGAAGCAGCUUCACCAGCUUUCAAGCCGUCCAUGAUCCGUUCUCACUUCACACAUAUCUUUGCCUUAGUGCGAUACAACAAACAAAGCGAUAGCUACAGGCUGAAAAUCUUUUCUGAAGAGAGUGUUCCUCUUUUUGGACCACCGCUUCCCUCCCCGCCCGUGUUUACCGACCACCAGGAGUUCAGGGAUUUCCUUCUGGUGAAAUUGAUCAACGGGGAAAAAGCCACCUUGGAAACACCCACCUUUGCUCAGAAGCGACAACGAACCCUUGACAUGUUAAUCCGCUCCUUAUACCAGGAUCUCAUGCCUGACAUGCACAAGAACAUGCUUAACAGGAGAUCCUUUAGCGACGUUUUGCCCGAGUCUCCCAAAUCAGCCCGGAAGAAAGAAGAGGCCCGGCAGGCAGAAUUUGUCCGGCUUGGCCAGGCCCUCAAAUUGAAGACCAUUGUGAGGGGAGACGCCCCAACUAUUUUAGCCACUACAAGCCUUUGUAAGAAAGAGCCCUGGGAAUCCCAAUGCUUCUGCAGCAAUUUCCCGCACGAAGUCAUUUGUGCCGAUUCCUGGGGACAGUCCCUGCUGGUCUCAACGGAUGUUGGUGUCCUUCUCCUAGACGAUGGGCAGCCUCUCAUCCCAGUGUUCGACAAAACCUUGCAGAUCAAACAGAUGCACGUACUUGAAACAUUGGACCUUCUAAUUACUAGAGCAGACAAAGGCAAGGAGGCACGGCUUCUGGUGUUCAGGCUGAACGUCCUGUGGAAAGGCGUCGAAGCCCGGCUAAGCAGGAGCAAAAGUGAAUGUCGAGAAAACAAGCUGGAGAAAACAAAAGGCUGCCAUCUGUACGCCAUCAACACCCACCACAGCAACGAACUGCGGAUCAUCGUCGCCAUCCGAAACAAGCUCCUUCUCGUCACCCGGAAGUUCCGGCGGUGGGAGACUCUGAACGGUGCCCCCUUGGUGUCCCCCCAAUCAGAAUCCCCCGUAGAGGAGUUCCAGUACAUCAGGGAAAUCUGCUUGUCCGAUCCUCCUGUGGUCAUGACCUUGGUGGACGGCCCCACCGGCGAAAACGACAACCUGAUCUGCGUGGCCUACCGACACCAGUUUGACCUGGUCAGCGAGAGCACGGGCGAGUGCUACCGAAUGCACAACGUUGACGCGAGCAGGGUUAAUUUUGUUGCAGCUAUUGAUGUGUAUGAAGAUGGAGAAGCUGCCCUCCUAUUGUGCUAUAACUAUGUUUGCUAUUACCGCAAAGUCUGCCCCUUUAACGGAGGCACAGCUCUGGUCCAACCUCUGGCAUCAGACUACCACUUCAGCUGGAACCAGAUUCCUUAUGCGAUCGUUUGCGCCUUUCCUUACAUCUUGGCCUUCACUAAUGACUCCAUUGAGAUCCGCUUGGUGGUCAACGGGAACCUCGUCCAUACAGCGGUGGUCCCAGCCUUGCAGCUGGUGGCUUCAAGGUCAGAUAUCUACUUCAGAGCAGCCACGGCUGUGAGCGAGGUGUCUAACAGCAGUUCGAAGGAGACCAGCUUGCCUGGGUCCCCUCAGACGCCUUCCGUUCAAGAAAAUCUCAUUUUCUCUCCUUCCUCAGCAGAAGGUGAAGCUUUGGGCCGAAAUAUCUACAAAAUCCCCCUCAGCAAUCUGGUGGGCAGGAGCAUCGAGCGCCCGCUGAAAUCUCCCAUGGUGCCCAAGGUCAUCACCACCCCGACGUCGGCUGGCAUGGCCCCCGUGCCCGUCGCACCUUCCCUCUCCUUGUCGCGGAUAGAGAUCAAACAGAUUGCCAGCAGAACCCGCAAGGAACUGCUCGGCCUCUUAAAUGAUCCUUCUUCCAAGUCCGAAGGUGGUCCAAAGCAGAAGAAGCUUCCAUCAAAAUCAUCAGAACCCAAACAGGGAACUCUACGGUCCUCGAGCAGUGACAGGCUGCUUGUGACCUCCUUCCAGAGCAGUUCCGAAGACCCCCACUUCUCUACUGGCUCAGACGUUGACCCUGCCCCACUGGAGGAGGAAGAGGGCCAGCCCAGCGCUCUCUUCCAACUUGGGGCCUCCUUUGAGGAAGGUGCCAUUGACUUGAAGUGAAGACAACCGGGACAAUCAAUCUUUGCACGCAACUCUCCCGUCCCUCCCUCCCUCCUGUUCUCUGCCAUUGACACCCCCUCCCGCCCCCGUUUUGUACAGCCCUCUAAAACGGUAUCCAUCACAGCAAAAAAGCCCUAGUAAUUUUAGAAAGGGGUCUCCACGUGCGAUCCAAGAGGGGAACCGAAGGAUCCAACUUUGGAUGCCUUGAAUUGUUUCAGUUGAUGGAUUGAUCGAACGAGAGGCCAGGUGUGCGUGCGUGUGCGUAUAGUCCUUUUGGUGAUAAGAGGCGAUCAGCCAGUUCUUUUGUGGUAUUGUUGAAAAACAAAGCUCGGGUGAAGGAUCCGAUGAGUUUUAAUCAGUGCGUUGAUUAAACGUCUCUCUAUUUUCACGUGGGA